AUGGGCGCUGACGGCAGUCAUCCUCUGCGUCUGCCGCUCUCCGCCGAGGGGGGAUCGGUCGGGUCUUUAUCGUGGGUGGCCUCGUGGGUGACCAACCAGCCGCGCCGACCCUGGAUGCCAUCUGACUACGCCACGAUAUGGGGUGAUCCAGGAAUGUUCUCCCGUUUGGCCGCCGCCGGUGGUGUCUAG